AUGAAGGCCGUCGGAACGAGUAGCGGAGACGCAAAUGGACUUGGCGAGGAGGCCUGGAGAGUGGACAUCGAUGAGCCAGAGGCGUCUGAAGAGGCGCAAAAGAAGGCGGAGGAGGAACCGAAGAAAAAGAUGGGCGAAGAGUUGCAAAGGAGGGCAGAUGAGGAUGUCGAGUCACAGAAAUGCGCCGAGGUGGAGGCGAAUAAGAUCGCGGAUGCAGAGGCGCAGAAGAUCGCGGCGGCAGAGGCGAAGAAGAAGGCUUCCGCAUUGGCGCAGAAGAUCGCGGAGGAGGAGGCAAGGAGGAAGGCUGCUGCACAAGCGCAGAAGAUCGCGGCGGCGAAGACGAAGAAGAAGGCUGCCGCAGAGGCGCAGAAGAUCGCGGAGGAGGAGGCAAGGAAUAAGGCUGCUGCCGAGGCGCACAAGAUCGCGGAGGCAGAGGCGCAGAACAAGGCAGAUGCAGAGGCGCAGAAGAUCGCGGAGGAGGAGGCAAAGUGGAAGGUUGCUGCAGAGGCGCAAAAGAUCACGGAGGCAGAGGCGCAGAAUAAGGCGGAGGAGAAGGCGCAGAAGCUCGCGGAGGAGGAGGCGAAGAGGAAGGCUGCUGCAGAGGCGCAGAAGAUCGCGGAGGCAGAGGCGCAAAAGAAGGCGGAGGAGGCGAGGAAGAUCGCGGAAGAGGAGGCGAACAGGAAGGCUGCUGCAGAGGCGCAAAAGAUCACGGAGGCAGAGAAGAUCGCGGAGGCAGAGGCGCAGAAGAAGGCGGAGGAGGCGAGGAAGAUCGCGGAGGAGGAGGCGAAGAGGAAGGCUGCUGCAAAGUCGCAGAAGAUCGCGAAGGCAGAGAUGCAGAAGAAGACGGAUGCAGAGGCGCAGAAGAUCGCGGAGGAGGAGGCGAAGAGGAAGGCUGCUGCAAACGCUCAGAAGAUCGUGGAGGAGGAGGCGAGGAAGAAGGCUGCUGCAGAGGCGCACAAGAUAGCGGUGGAGGAGGCGCGGAAUAAGGCUGCUGCAGAGGUGCAAAAGAUUGCGGAGGAGGAGGCGAGGGAGAGAGAGGAGGCUCGUGUGAGACGCAGUAAGGCAGAUGCGAUGGAGACUGAGGAGGUGACAGGGAGGAUUAAGACGGCAGGCGAGGAUUGCCAAACACGACAGGUGCACAGAAGUGGUGCGGAGGAUGCAGAGGAAGAGGCGUCGAGAGAGGAGAUGAAGGAGGGGAUGUUAAGGGAGGUGGAAGAGAGGUUGACACUUAUACUGAAAGAGGACUCCGAGCGGCAGCAGAGGGAGAGACAGCAAGAGGAGGAGCGGUGGCAGAAGGAGGAGGUGAAGAGGAAGGAAGCAAAGGACGCCGAGCGGCUGAAGAAGGAGAAACAGCAGGAGGAGGAGCGCCGGCAGAAGGAGGAGGCGAAGAGGAAGGAAGUAGAGGACACCGAGCGGCUGCAAAGGGAGAGACAGCAGGAGGAGGAGCGGCGGCGGCGAAGAGGAAGGAAGCAGAGGACGCCGAGCGGCGGCAGAGGGAGAGACAUCAAGAGGAGGAGCGGCGGCAGAAGGAGGAGGUAA